UGCUGGAGGCUGGGUGUCGCCACUGCCAGGCUCAGCUGCUGCAGCUCCGGGAUUGUCCGCGAGCCGUCUCGUGCAGACCAGUUACCUUGACAACGCUCGGAUAGCCUCUCCAGGGCUCGAUCUGCUCCUCGGGGUGAUGGUCCCGUGCCCCGAGGUUAUAUAAAGGGUUGUUCCGUGCAGUUCUCUCAUUCCCCCACCGGAGGGGGAAAUCAAGCGUAGGAGAUCUGUACCGCCGUGUAAAAGCAGAGGACCUCGUGUACCCCCUUUCUUCAAGCUGGACGUCUUAUAACCAGCUACCGGCACCCUGCAGCCCUCUUCCCCCGGGGCUCAGGAGAUAAAAGCCUUAGGGGAGAAGGGAGGGAAGUGAGAUCAGGACUGUCAGCUGCCCAUAGGGAUGCUCAUGAUGGAUCUUUCUCCUGGAGGCGACUCGCUUUCGGGUGGACAUGACUUAUACCAGGGAUUCCAGGACAGAGACUCCCUCCCAGAGGAACUGGACUCUCCAUGUGUUGGAGGAGGGCUGCUGGACCGGAUCCUGAUGGAGUCUGUGUGUCAGCAACAAGGCUGGGUGCGAGUAUAUGAUUUAAAAGGGCCUCCCACUCACAGGCUGUCUUAUGGCCAGUCGCCUUACACAGAAAGCACCAUAUGGGAGAGGAAGUACUGCAUUCUGACGGAAAGCCAACUGGUGCUCCUUAACCGGGAGGACGAGAUGUCCGGGGAAACUGUGCCGGAUCCACCUCCAGAAUCCAGCAAAAGUCGGAGCCUUAGGAGAACAGUGAGCGUCCCUUCCGAGGGGCAAUUUCCAGAUUAUCCACCAGAGGGAGCUGCAAAAUUGGAGGUGCCAGCUGAAAGGUCACCGCGGAGAAGAAGUAUCUCCGGGACCAGCACAUCUGACAAGGCCAAUUCUAUGGAUCCUGCUAGUACUUCUCCGUUUAAAGUUUCAGGCUUCUUCAGCAAACGUCUAAAAGGGUCAAUCAAGAGAACGAAGAGCCAGUCAAAGUUAGAUCGGAAUACAAGCUUUCGCCUUCCUUCCCUUCGUCCUGCUGAGAGUGACAGGUCACGUGGGUUACCUAAACUGAAAGAAUCUCGUUCCCAUGAGUCAUUGCUGAGCCCAGGAAGCGCAGUAGAAGCCUUGGAUUUGGGAACAGAGGAUAAAGUUCUUGUAAAACCACUUCACAGCAGCAUCCUCGGACAGGACUUCUGCUUUGAGGUUACCUACUCGAGUGGCAGUAAAUGUUUCAGCUGCUCGUCUGCGGCUGAAAGAGAUAAGUGGAUGGAAAACCUACGCCGCACUAUCCUACCAAACAAGGAUAAUUGUCGUCGUGCUGAGAAUGUUCUGCGCUUGUGGAUCAUUGAGGCCAAAGAUCUGGCCCCAAAGAAGAAAUACUUCUGUGAACUUUGUCUGGACGAUACACUCUUUGCCCGCACCACAAGCAAAACCAAAGCGGACAACAUCUUUUGGGGCGAGCACUUUGAAUUUUAUGGUUUACCAGCCCUGCACAAUAUCACCGUUCAUAUUUAUAAGGAUGUAGAGAAGAAGAAAAAAAAGGAUAAAAAUAACUAUGUGGGACUUGUAAAUAUUCCUAUGGGGAGUGUCACUGGGCGACAGUUUGUGGAAAAGUGGUACCCUGUGAGUACUCCUACCACAAAUAAAGGCAAGACUGGUGGGCCUUCAAUUCGUAUUAAGUCCAGAUACCAGACUAUUACUAUUCUACCUAUGGAGCAGUACAAGGAGUUUGCAGAAUUUAUUACCAUAAACUACACUAUGCUAUGUUCUGUACUUGAACCAGUAAUCAGCGUCAAGAACAAGGAAGAGAUGGCUUGUGCAUUAGUUCACAUUCUUCAGAGCACUGGAAGAGCUAAGGAUUUCCUAGCUGAUCUGGUGAUGUCGGAAGUUGACCGUUGUGGAGACCAUGAUGUGCUGAUUUUUAGAGAGAACACCUUAGCUACCAAAGCCAUUGAAGAGUAUCUGAAGUUGGUUGGACAGAAGUAUCUUCAUGAUGCACUUGGGGAAUUCAUCAAGGCUCUGUAUGAGUCAGACGAGAACUGUGAGGUUGAUCCCAGUAAAUGUUCCUCUAGUGAGCUAGCUGAACACCAGAGCAACCUAAAGAUGUGCUGCGAGCUGGCAUUCUGCAAGAUCAUCAAUUCCUACUGUGUCUUUCCCAGGGAACUGAAGGAGGUGUUUGCGUCAUGGAAGCAGCAGUGCAUUAACCGGGGCAAGCAGGACAUCAGCGAGAGAUUAAUUAGUGCCUCACUCUUCCUUCGCUUCUUGUGCCCAUCCAUCAUGUCCCCAAGCCUGUUCGGCCUUAUGCAGGAAUACCCAGAUGACCGCACAUCACGAACACUCACACUCAUUGCCAAAGUCAUCCAAAACCUUGCAAACUUCGCAAAGUUCGGUAAUAAAGAGGAGUAUAUGGCCUUCAUGAACGAUUUCUUAGAACACGAAUGGAGUGGAAUGAAGCGUUUUCUUCAGGAGAUCUCCAACCCAGACACCAUCUCGAACACUCCAGGAUUUGAAGGUUACAUUGACCUUGGCCGCGAACUGUCAGUGCUGCACAGCCUGUUGUGGGAGGUUGUCUCUCAGUUAGAUAAGGGUGAAAAUUCCUUCCUACAGGCAACCGUGGAAAAACUAGGACCACUCCCACGGAUCCUUGCAGAAAUCACCAAGUCGCUGACCAAUCCUACGCCAAUCCAGCAACAGCUGAGACGAUUCAGCGAGCAUAGUUCGUCCCCCAAUGUGAGUGGCAGCCUUUCAUCCGGCCUUCAGAAGAUAUUCGAGGAUCCUACUGACAGUGACCUUCUGAAGCUUAAGUCUCCAACUAUUGAAAAUACAGAUAACUACUUCAGGAGCAAAACUCUACUGCUUGUUCAACAGGCGUCAACCCAAAGUAUGUCUUACUCUGACAAAGAUGAAAGAGAGAAUGUUUUGCCCAAUGGACGUAGUGUUUCAUUGAUGGAUCUUCAGGACCCCAUUAUAAAUCAUAGUGAACGUUCUUCUAUUAUUCAGGAGCCACCACUGCGUUUAACGGGCAGCCAGUUGUCUAUUGCACACGUAGCCACCAUAAAACAGCUCAGAGAAAGCCAGAGUACGCCCCAGAGUGCUCCACAGGUUAGAAGACCAUUGCAUCCAGCUUUAAGUCAACAAAGCAGUCUGCAACCCUUGUCCUUUCAAAACCCAGUGUAUCACCUCAACAACCCACCACCCUCCUUGCCCAAGGCUUCUGUGGACUCUAGCCUUGAAAACCUAAGCACUGCCAGCUCACGAAGUCAGAGCAAUAGUGAAGAAUUUAUCCUCAGUGGACCUAGCAAUAGUAGUAUGGAAGAUUUCACAAAAAGAAGUACACAGAGUGAGGACUUUACAAGGAGACAUACAAUGCCUGAGAGGCCCAUUCCUAUAGCACUACCACGACAAAACAGCACCGGGCAAGCUCAGAUCCGUAAAACAGACCAAGCGGCACUAGGAGCGCGAGCCAAGGCCCCACAGUCAUUACCGCACAGUGCUUCUUUACGUAGUACAGGGAGCAUGUCAGGAAUAUCUGCAACUCUACUGGCUGAGCCUGUGCAGAAUGGGAACAGAUCCAGGCAGCAAUCUACAUCUUCUCGGGAGAGCCCUGUACCAAAGCUACGAGCUAUUCACCGCCAACAGACACAACAGGUGCAGUCACCUGUGGACUCCACAACAAUGUCCCCUGUGGAGAGGACUGCGGCCUGGGUGCUGAAUAAUGGUCAGUAUGAGGAUGAAGAAGACGAAUCAGCUGAUCAAAACAAAGAUGAAUGUAAACCUGCGGAGAAGUACGAGCAAGAGAUUGCAAAGUUAAAGGAAAGAUUGAAAGUUUCUAGCCGUCGUCUGGAGGAAUACGAGCGACGCCUCUUGGUACAAGAGCAGCAGAUGCAGAAGCUCCUAAUGGAAUAUAAAUCUCGGUUAGAGGACAGCGAAGAGCGAUUGCGUCGGCAACAGGAGGAGAAGGACAGCCAAAUGAAGAGUGUUAUCAGCAGGUUAAUAGCGGUAGAAGAGGAACUGAAGAAGGAUCACGCAGAGAUGCAAGCUGUCAUUGAUGCAAAGCAGAAAAUCAUUGAUGCGCAGGAGAAGAGAAUCAUGUCACUGGAUGCAGCCAACACGCGACUCAUGAGUGCCCUGACGCAGGUAAAGGAGCGCUAUAGUUCGCAAGUGCGCAAUGGGAUCUCUCCAACGAACCCAACCAAGUUGUCGAUCACAGAGAAUGGGGAAUUUAAGAACAGUAAUUGCUAAUCUCUAUUCUGGACUGUGUGCCAUCUCUUCUACCCAAUGCUGCUAAACCAAAUGUCAAGCGAAAUGGAAUUUACAAUAUACGUAUAUAUAUAAAUAUAUAUAUGUAAAAGUGAUACCUAAAGAAUGCCUUUGCUGAAUGGAUGGAUGCCAACAAUUAUUGUACUGUAUAUAGAGUGAAUGCAUUUGUGCUCUGUACAGAUAUUGUCCUGGACAAUACCAAAUCAAGUUAAUAAUAUGUAGAAAAUAUCUUCUUUAUAUAUAUAUAUAUAUAUAUAUAUAUAUACUGUAUAUGUAUAUAUAUAUAUAUAGCUAUAUAUAUAUACAUAUAUAUAUAUAUAUAUAUAGCUAUAAAGAGAGAAAAGAAAAAAUUCUAAUUUUUAAUUUGUCUUUAUCCCUGUUCACAGAAUUCGUUAAUAUCAGUCACGAGUUUAAUUGAAGGUGGUGUACAUAUCACACACAAAUAUUGCUGUGCUGUUUUUGUAAAAUAUAACCUUGCCAGAGAGACAAUCCAUUAUUUUGAUCGGUUUCACUCCUGUAAAGCCUUGAAAUGCUCGGCUGUUAAUAUUUUUUGUAUAGUUAGUUAAAACACUAAAAAAAAUGUAUCUACAGCUGGAGAAGAGGAAUUCAUAUAGUCAGAACAUUUCGCAUACACUCGAAUACAUAUCCCAGUCAAUAUACCUUUGUUAACCAGUUUUAGAUAUUUUUUUUUAAAGUAAUGCUUUUUGAAGUUUACAGAUAUGUAUAUAUGUAUAUUUUGGCUGUAAAUUGUAAUUUUACAGUUCACAUUUAUAUCAAUCACCUUAUAAAGUUAAAGGAGAAAGGAGAUGAUAUUUAAGUGUGUAACUAAGACCAUCCGUGACACCUGGAGGCUAGGAAUUAAAUAUAUUAUUUCUUUACCCCAUUGUAUAUUUUUAUACCAGUGAGUAUAGGCAAUAAAAUAGCAUCAACAGACAUUCUACUGAUCAUUUAGAGAGUAACAAACACUGAAAAAAAAGAAUGUGCCUCAUAUAUAAAGUAAAGUUUGGAAAAUACAUUGUAAGAUAGAGUAUUACUGCUUUUUUAGAUUUCCUGAUACAGGACCAUUUUUUUCCUUUCAUCGUUUGCCUAGGGCAACAAUUGGUUAACUUGUGCAAAAAUACAUUUAAAACCAUUUCAGCUAAUCAGAGGUGUUUUCUCAAACUGCUAAACACGUUCAAGAGCAACCUGAACAACUCGGUAUGAUCAGGAGCAAAUUGAAUGCUGCCACGUAGACAUUUACAUUUGGAUGAUUUAGUUGGUAAAGAAAGUUUUUUUUUAACCAGUAGAGAAAUGGUUAAGGUCCAGCAUGAGGAACAGAUCUUAUAUGCCUAGACUUUAUAGAAUGUGAUAGAACUGAUUCUUUCAACUAUUACUAGAAAACAAAAGUGUUUCAGGAUAAUAUAAUUUGCAAUAUACUACUUGUUUUACAGUUUUAGUGUAAAUCUGUAUAUAGAUACAAUAGCAUUUUAACGCUAUCUUCAGAUGAGGAUUAUAUUAUACUCAACUAUUGUCAUUUUGCUCCCAAUGCUUAGCAUCAAAUGUUCGGUUAUUGCAACCAAAUGACAUGGAACGUUUUAUAGCCAAAUAUCAUUUGAUGUAAAUAUAAUUUGUGAAUCAUUUUGCUGCUAGAUGAACCUGUACCCACAUUAAAGACAUGUGGUUUAGGAUAUCACAGCAGCAAAGGGGUUAAUUUUUGCUGCUGAAGAAAUAAAUGCAUUUCCCUCCCAAGGGUUUAUGGCUGCAAGUUGAACUUAAAGGGCUUAUGAAGGGUUAAUGAGAAUUUGUGACUACUGUUUUAAAAGUGAACGAAAAAUGUAAACAAUUAAUUAAUAUUUAUUUAUUGCCUAAUCCUGUUUUUGCUCCGUUUAUUUCUCUCACUUGUUUUGAAUAUUUUGCCUCUGUGAUAUCCAGGGAUUUUAUGGAAAAAUACGGUGGAAUCACCAAUAAGAUUAGCUAUUUUAAUAAUGUUAAUAUCUACAAUAAAAUGGAACUUCUGUAUUUAACAAAGAA